GUGGUUGGACUUUCCACAGCACAUCACUUUAGAAGUGGGAGGAGCCAGCUGAGUUAAAAGAGACCAGCUGAAGUGUCGGAGGCAGAGCAGCGGCUGCAGGACCCGGCUUUUGUGUUCGUUUUGGUCUUUUUUUUCUCUUCCCGGACGAGGAUUUGGACCGAACCAGACCUUACAAUGCGAGUUUCGACCCCAGAAACCCUCCGGCUGAACAACGUCCUGAAUCAAGGAGGCAGAUGGAUUAGAGGAAAAUUCAAGAAGAUAAAAAGACCGUCCAACCCUCAGGUGGGCGUCGACACUUCCCCAGUUACCGAGGAGCCCUCAUCAUCUGAGGAGGAAGACUCCCCAGUUGAAACUCUAACCUUCGAGCAACUUCUUGAGCACAGCUUGUACGAGGCCAGCCUUGUGCUGAUCAACAGAGAGAACCAACUGUUUGAGCAGGAAACAGACGAUGAAGGGCAGAAACAUCCCGCAGAAGAGAUAGAAAGGCUUUCUGCAGAACGUAGAGCGCUGGAGAAAAAGAUACAACAGACUCUGCAGCAGAGUCUGUCUCUGAGGCUCGAAGAGGUCGCCAACGAGACCGCGGUCCAGGCCCUGACGGCCUUAAAAUCUGCUGUGAAGGCCAUCUACCUGGAAGAGGAGCAGGACCUGCAGAGGAAGCAGCUGAAGAGUCAGACCCCGAGCAACUGGAAGGAGCUCCAUGACUCAACUCUUUGUGGUUUGGUAGAGCGCCGAAUGGACAACCCCUCGGUGGCCCCUGCAGGCCAACCUGGACAAUCGUCCAUCCAGCUGGACGUCCAGGGCAUGGGGAGGCAGCUGAAGGAGGACCUGCUCUUGGUGGUCAACGUGCUGAAGAGCUGCUACCCACCGGAGGCAAACAUCUGUCAGUUUUACGCGCGGCUGUAUCACCAAAGCCUGAGCGCCAGACUCAGGAAGAUUGUGGACUUUGUUCUGGAUGAUAAGGACUGUACUUUCAUCCUGCGCUGGAUCAAUGAGUUUUACCCAGGAAUCCUUAAGAAGCCAGAGCUGGCCAGUGAAAUUGAUUCAGCAGCACUGGGGCAACUGCUGCCUGGAGAUCUACUGGGCAGCCUGGAGGAGCAGUACCUGACCACACAGGAGACUGAGCUGUCAGUUUACAUGAACAACGCUCUGGAGGAAGAAAGGAAGAAAUUGAGAAAAGGAGAGCAACCGCCGACAGAGGACGGCUGCUUCACCAGCCCUCUGGCCCACGACGUCAUUCCGAUCAUUAAUGGCAUGGUAACAGUGACAGAAACAGUCACAGGGAGCCAGCAGAAAGCCCAGAGGAUAACACGCCAACUAACCGAUAUGCUGCAGAGGUUUAAAGCUUUCCAAGACGACGUCAUCAAACAGAACAGCCAGCCACACGUCAAAGCUACCCUGGGCUGUGUGGAACAGUUCAGGGACGUCCUCCAGAGGAAAAGCCAUUUGUUCCCAGAUGAUGUGCAGGAAAACUGUUUGACUAUCCUGUCCGACAUGAGGCAAUCCGCCCGUACCUGCUUAUUAAGCUCCGUGCACAAGUCCCUCAAGCCACAGUACCGGAAGCUGGGGACCGGAGACUGGCUGAAGAAGAAGAGUGUGUUUGAGAAUCUGCUGAGCAGCUUGGAAAACAGCAUCCAGGGCCUGGAGGGCUUGGCUCCGUCCUCUCACCAGGGGGUGAUUGGUAAUCUUCACCAGGAAGUGGUACAAGAAUAUGUGAAGAGGCUCCUGAGAGGAGAAGUCAAGCUGAAGGACAGAGAGCAUCAGCAGACGGCCUUCGACACCGUGAUGGACAACGCUGAGAGUUUACACAAGCUUUUCACCAGCAUGGGAUCCCAGGAGGAAUGGCUGAAGGAAAUCCUGACCAACAUGGCAGAAGUGCUGAAACUCCAAGACGUCCCCGCCCUGCAAAUGCAAAUAGUGUCACUGGGACACACUUACCCCGACCUGAGUUUGAAACACGUCUCGGCUUUGCUCAAACUCAAGUCAAACCUCUCCAAGGAGGACAGGCACAAGGUCAAGGCGACCCUUUCAGACACCCGCGAAGAAUCCAACGAAGGCGCCGAGUUUCGUCCUUUUUUCUCCAAAGUAGUAAUCAAAUAAGCUGCCCUCCUUCCUUCUGCUAGUUAUUUAAGUGUUGGUGGAGAACUGUGACAUACAGCAUCUUUAAUUUAAUUAGCAAUAAACUCAGUAGGAACGUUACUUUUGUGCUAGGCCAGCUAGGGUCACACAGGAGGAUGAUAGGCAUAUAGGUUUAACAACUCCAAGUUUAUUUUUCUUUCCCCACAAGAAAACAAUAAUCUAGGUAACACUAAUUAGCUGAAUAAAAUUACGAAUAAAACUUAAAUUGUCCACCCUUAUAAAAAAUCUAAUAAUUUUUUUUUUUUUAGUUUUUAGGUUUUCUAAACAGUAGCUUUAAAGCUCAUUUCAACAAAGAAAUUACAUUUUCCAGUUAGUCCUUCAAUAUAACAAUUCAGGCAGUCAGUUCAAUGUGUACAUAAGUUGUCAGUUUUGAAAAUGUUCAUGAACAAAUAGUUUGUGGAAUAAAAAAAUUAGAAGAUUGGGGGGCCACUUUUUUUCCCUUGUUCAAUAAGCUUAUCUGUUGUCCAAGUAAAAUAUCCAGGCUUCAGUCCGAGUCACAAAGAUGGCGGCGGGACCCUCCUGCUGCUGGAACUCCACUGGCUCAUUCAGAUAUCGGCCGUACAAAAAAACCAACCGGAGAAAUCCCAGAACAGAAUGUACAUUAUCCAGUCAGUUCAAAAUAAACAGAUUUAUUUCAUAUUACAGCAGCACUUGUGAGUAGUAGCUUCUCUACUUCUGCUGAAACGUGCUUAGUUUACGUAGUCCGCCAUUUUUUUUCUUCUCCCCCCUCCUUACUCUUCUUCUCCUACCGACACAGGCGAAAUGUGCCCUCUACAGGACAUUCUAAGAAUUAACAAAACAAACACAUUAAACAGACAGAUCAGCAUAGUUUAUGGGGGUUACAGUAGGUUUCGUGAAAGCUCUUUUCAGUCAGCUAGUGUGGGAGUACGUCACAAAUUUUUUCAGGUUGUACUCUGAAACUAAACCACUGCCAGUGUAUGACUUGUUUUUUCUCUGAGUGACGUCAUGAGUUUCUGAGGACAACAGAAAAUGUGUGUGUGGCCGUGGGCUUGUUUUUGUAAAUAAAUAAAGCAAUAGUUUUAUAUUAAAUU